CGAAGCUGGCCUUAAACGUUGGCCUGAAGGUGUGAAAUAUCCCGUGACCCCUGGGUGUCCUCCCACAUGAGAGGAAAAAGGGAAAUAAAAUGCAGUGCAGCUGUAACUCCUCAGUCGGGCACCUUUCAUCACCUUACUGGAGCCGAGCAGUGCUGUUUCCUGACUGGGCCUACAAACCAGCCUGGUCUCCUGGUUCCAGGCAGGUCCAGCUGUGGCACUUCCUGUUGGAGCUGCUGGGCUGCGGCGAGGGCGGAGCCAUCGGCUGGGGGGGCGAGUGGGGCGAGUUUGUCAUCAGGGACCCCGAGAGGCUGGCCAGACUGUGGGGGGAGAGGAAGGGCAAACCACACAUGAACUACGACAAGCUGAGCCGGGCGCUCAGAUACUACUACAACAAACGCAUCCUGCACAAGACCAAAGGGAAAAGAUUCACCUACAAGUUCAACUUCAGCAAACUCAUCCUCGUCAACUAUCCAGGGUACCUGCCUCCGUCCAGCCACCAGGUCCUUAUCAACAAUUUACAGGGUUUCAGGUUGUUUUUGUCAUCUGUAUUCCCUGAAUAA